AUGACAGUAUCCUACAAUUUGGACGUCUCCUCGGUCGGCAGUUUCACUUUUCUGAAGUUAUUGGGCAAAUGGAAAGGUAUCUGAAAAUCGUUAGUACGCCGACGCGCUUGUCUUUUUUCAGGGUCUAUAUUCAAAUCUGUGUACAUUGAAAUGUUCUUCUGGAUCCUCAUAUACUUUAUUAUUAAUUUGAUCUAUCGAUUUGGCCUUACGGAAAAUCAUCAAAGGUACCGUUUAUUCAAAACGUUAUAUCUCAGCUGCUGGUAGAGAUAUCAAAAAGUUGUCAACUGAUAAAAGGCUUACAAAGAUAUUGUGUACAUUUUAUCAGUUGACAACUUUUUGAUAUCUCUACCGGUUGCUGAGAUAUAACGCGUCAAACUUCCAGAACUUUCGAGCUGAUCGGAGCCCACCUGGACAGCCGAUUGGCCUACAUUCCCCUGACUUUCAUGCUCGGAUUCUUCGUCACAAUAGUCAUAGACCGAUGGAGGAACAUUCUGUUGAAUAUGAGUUUCAUCGAGAAGUCAGUCCCCCCUCUACAAAUCCCUCGUUCACCCGGUCCCUUUCAGUUGUGCCAUCCAAGUGUCCAACCUGGUCCGUGGCAGUUGCGAAGAGGCGCGGCUCGUCCGACGUACCGUAAUCCGCUACCUGGUCCUUUCGCAAGUGAUGCUCUUCCGCGACAUUUCGAUGAAAGUCCGUCGCAGAUUCCCCAACCUGGAAUCGCUCAUCGACGCCGGAUUUCUGUUCGAGGAGGAGUUGGACGUGAUCGAGGGCUUCAAGUUCGACUACAACAAGUACUGGAUGCCCGUCAACUGGGCACAGGCUCUUCUCUGCAGGGCCACGUUUGUGAGUCACACAGCGAAUCAAAAAAGGUAAAGAAUGAAAGAGUGUUCCAGAAAACCGAGAACCACAAACAACUGAUCGACAGUGCGCCGACUUUGAAUCAAAUUCUGACGGUCAUCCGCGAGUACCGUCUCACCCUGGACACUCUCAACAAAUACGACCUCGUCCCGAUCCCGAUCGCCUAUCCCCAAGUACCCGCUUCUAUUCUAUUAUCCUAUUCCCAUUCGAGCCCCGUUUUCAGGUCGUCUUCCUCGCUGUCCGUGUCUAUUUUGUCAUCUGUCUCUUCUCUCGCCAAUUCUCGAUCCACGACGGCACGCGCGAACAGGCGAACCUCGUUUUUCCGAUCAUGACCAUCCUCGAACUGUUGUUCUUCGUCGGCUGGAUGAAAGUCGCCGAGGCGCUUCUGAAUCCGCUCGGCGAGGACGACGACGACCUCGAGUGCAACUGGUUCAUCGACAAGAACAUUGCGGUUCGUGUGCGGGCGGCCCUCCCCCGGUGUCCACUUUCAUAAUUCAGACGGGAAUGGCGAUCGUGGAUGCGCACUGCGACAAUCCGCCGACGCUCCGUCUCGACGUCUUCGCCGAUCCCACGUGGCAACCCGUCUAUUCGGAGCACAGUGUCCCCGAAGCGCCAAUCAAUCAACGCGGAUCCGUGGCUUGUGUCGAGUGAGUCCCACUGAUCGAAACGCUCCAAAUUGUUGAUUAUCAUGUUCAGACUGCCCGGAGCUCAUGAACGAGUUAAGAUGAUCCACGUGGAACCACACAACGAGGCUCCCGUUCGUGAGUCAAACGCCGUGGCCGUGGCCUAAGCAAAGUCUCGACCACGGCCACAACUUUGAGACCUUUUUCAAUUGAUUUGCAGAUAAAAUGUCGGAAGCCGGAGGGACGAUGCGUCGAAAACUGACUUCGGCUUUCAUGUCAAGACCCCGUGCGGACUCUAUUCAACCCAUCACUUUAACUGAACAGAACAAUAAGAAAGAAUCGAACACUUCGAUCCAAUCGACCAAAAGUCCGAAUGGAACUAUAGGUGUGCCCCAUUGAAAUCGAUGUAUCUCAGCUGGGGGUAGAGAUUUCAAUAAGUAGUCAACUAAUAAAAUGUACGUUAAGAAAUUUGGAACAUUUUAUCAAUUGACAACUUUUUGAUAUCUCCAAUAGCAGCUGAGAUAUCAUGUCCCGAAUGUACAGUCCUAGAGUACCCUACUGUACAUUCAAGGCAGAAUAUCUCGGCUGUCUGUAGAGAUAUCACAGAACUGUCAACUGAUAAAAUACUCAGCAAGAAAUUUUGUACAGUUUAUCAGUUGAUCACUUUUUGAUAUCUCCAAUAGCAGCUGAGAUAAAAUGAUUUCAGGGCACAACGGCGAUCGCUUCUUCCACCACAACACGGUGAACUUGAGCCGAUUGGACGAAGAAGCGGAUUCAGAGGUUUUCACCUUUUUUCUCAUUUUUUAUCAUCUCGUUUUUGUAGACCUCGGAUCUCGAAGCCCGCCGGAAAUCGUGA